UGUUAGAGUGGAGAAUGGCUCAGUGUUAUACACAGCCCAUUACAGAACGGGCUCCUACCAGCACUGGAGUGGGAUGGGCUGUGCCCAGACCCCCCUCACCCAGUGUGGGCUCCCCCCCGAGCUGGGGAGGCGCUGGACGGUGCAGAUGAGGGUCAGGGCUGAGCUGGGCAGGCUGAGCUCAGCCUGGGUGCAGAGCCCAGCCUUCGUGCCUGAGAGAGACACCACGCUGGGUCCCCCCAGGGUGAACAGUGUCAGUGCCACCCCCGAGUCUCUGCUCAUCAGUGUCAGCCCCCCCUUCCCCCCCGAGCACGGGGACUCCCUCCAGUUCCUCGUGUCCUACUGGGAGAAUUCCACGGGCCCUGCAGCCAAGGUCAGAGCUCUGGGGUUGUUCCCUGGGCUGGGCUCUGGGGCCACCAGGGCUGGGUACAUCAUUGCCCUGUUCCUCGUGGCAUUUCUUGGUCUCAAUCUGAUGGUGGCUGCUCUGCUGUUUGUGUGGAAACAUCACCAAAAAAUCAAAUUUUGGGCUCAGCCACCCCUGCAGAUCCCUUCCCACUACGAGGAGUUCCUGAAGGAUCCUGGUUUGGAGGAGCUGCCCAGCCCUGCUGAGGAGGAGCCCCUGGCUCUUGGGCCACCCCAGUGA